AUGGCUGCGAAGUCCACUAGAAUUGCUAUCAUAGGCUCAGGAACAAUCGGACUGUCCUUCGCCGCCCUUCACUUGUCAAAAAACCCAACAUGUCGAGUCACGAUAUACGACACGAGGCCGGACAUCAACGACUACGUCUCAAAACAUAUUCCAGGCUAUCUCAUCGACACCGACCAAAUAUCAUGUAUGGAACGACUUUCGAUUGCCAAAGAUUUGGCAGAAGCUGUCAGAGAUGCCGACAUUGUACAAGAGCAAGGACCAGAGAAUUCAGAUUUCAAGGUUGCAGUUUGGCCAGAGAUUGAGAAGCAUGCACCAGGACACGCACUCUUGUGGUCAAGUACAAGUGGCAUUCCUGCCAGCGAGCAGAACAGAGAUAUGAAAGAUAAGAGUCGACUUGCUGUCGUACAUCCUUACAAUCCGCCGCAUAUCAUGCCUUUGCUCGAGGUCGUGAAGUCGCCUACCACUUCAGAAGAGGUCGUGGAAAGGACAAUGGAAUACUGGCGAGCUCUUGGACGCACUCCUGUGGUAGUACAAAAGGAGUGUGUUGGGUUCGUGGCCAACCGACUCGCGUUUGCGUUGCUACGGGAGGCCAGCUCGCUGGUCACUCAAGGUGUGGUGGGUGUGGAAGACUUGGACGAAAUCGUUCGUGCUUCAAUGGGACCUAGAUGGGCAGUUGCUGGUCCUUUCAAGGCGUAUGCUGCUGGGGGUGGAGAAGGAGGUUUACAAAGCUUCCUUGAGAAGAUUGGUGGGACGAUACAGAAUUGUUGGGAUGCGAGUGAUGAGGAUACGCAGAAGGGUAAUAUCAAAAUUGGUGAGGAGUGGCAACAGGACGUUUGCCAACAAGCAGAUCGCGCGUAUGGCGUUGUAAACACAGCCGAAAGAGACCGUAAGACUAGAAAGGUUUUGGAAGCUGUGCAGACUGGGUAG